AUGGCUUCCGACCUGGAAAGCAGCCUCACCUCCAUCGACUGGCUACCACAGCUCACUCUUCGGGCCACCAUUGAGAAAUUGGGGGGGGCUUCCCAGUCAGGCGCCCCGGGAGCUGGCCGGAAGUGUCCGCCGGGCUCUCCGACGGACCCCAACGCCACCUUGAGCAAGGAUGAGGCCGCCGUCCACCAGGACGGGAAGCCCCGCUACAGCUACGCCACCCUGAUCACCUACGCCAUCAACUCCUCGCCCGCCAAGAAGAUGACCCUCAGCGAAAUCUACCGCUGGAUCUGCGACAACUUCCCCUACUACAAGAACGCGGGCAUCGGCUGGAAGAACUCCAUCCGGCACAACCUUUCGCUGAACAAAUGCUUCCGGAAAGUGCCUCGGCCCCGGGACGACCCUGGAAAGGGCUCCUACUGGACGAUUGACACCUGCCCCGAUAUUUCCCGGAAGAGGCGCCAUCCGCCGGAUGACGAUCUGUCCCAGGAUUCCCCGGAUCAGGAGGCCAGCAAGAGCCCCCGGGGGUCCAUCUCUCUGGGCCCAGAGGCGUCGCUCUCCCCCGAGUCCAACCAGCAGCUCUCGAUGCAAAGCACACCCCCUCUGGGCAAUUACGGCCAGAGUGCUGGGCCGGUGGAGGUGGCCACCACGGUGGCGGGCGGACAAGGCCGUGACGGGACCGAGGUGCCCCCUCCGCACUACAGCACCAGCAGCGACUUGAAGUUCUCCUACUCCGAAAUCAACUUCCAGGACCUGAGCUGGUCCUUCCGGAAUCUCUACAAAUCCAUGCUCGAGAAGUCCUCCUCCUCCCAGCACGAUUUCUCCUCCCUCCUGGGGGAGAUGCAGCCCUCCAACCACAGCUACUACAUGUACCAGCAGCCACAGGGGCCCCCCUCCAUCGGAGCCGUGCCCCCCCUCCACACUCCGACCUCGGAGAGCUGCCAGUCCCAGGGCAAGCAGCAGGCGGGGGACGGCUACGGCCCCCCUCCCGUGAUGUCUCUGCACCCCUCCGCCAUGCAGCACGGAGGGUACCACCAGCACCAUCAUCCCCACGCCCACCCACCGCAGUCACAGGCCUCCCUCAACAACGCCGGCUUCGCUUUUCCCUCCGACUGGUGCUCCAACAUGGACUCUCUGAAGGAAAGCUUCAAGGCAGUCAACCGACUCAACUGGUCCAGCAUCGAACACUCCCAGUUCUCCGAGUUAAUGGAGAGCCUCCGCCAGGCCGAGCGGAAGAACUGGUCCUUAGACCAGCACCACAUUGCCAACCUCUGUGACUCCCUGAAUCACUUCCUCACCCAGACCGGGCAGCUCCCUCACCUGGGGGGGCCCCCUCCGCAGCCCCCCCGCAUCUCCGAGUCCUGUGCCAUGAACAGCAACAAGCAGGAGCAGCCCAUGAGCCAAGUGAACUCGUAUGGCCAGCCAGCGCCUCCCCACCUGUACUCGGGGGGCCCCUCUCCGAUGUACCCUAUUCCCACCCAGGAUUCGCCAGGGUACAAUCGUCCAGGUCAUCAUUUGGUUUCGCGGCCCCCUCCCGGCGCCCCCGAGGAGAUCCCCGACGAUUUCAACUGGGAUUUGAUCACCUAG